CUGCGGUGAGGGUUGUGGCUGUGCGUCCCUCCUGGCAUUCUGCCCGUGUCCCCUGCAUCCCCUGCCAGCAUCUCUCGCCCCCCCCUUCCUCCAGCUCGUCCCAAGCCCGCCUGUCCCCAGCGGGGAGGCGGGACAGUGGAAGAGUGGCUGAGGCUGGAGUUUGGAGUUUGACCCGCUUGGAGGCUCUCUCAACGGCAGCAGGCAUAUAGGAGGGAGGGUCACCGCUGUCUGCUGAAGCUCUAAGCUGCGUAGAGAGGGGUCUCCUUCUCACAGCCAUCUCUACCUCCUUCUGCCUCCGAAGCUACCAGCAGCGCCCAGGGCAGGUGAGCCCUGCAUCCAUAGUAAGGAUACAGAAGACUCGUUCAGGACCAUGGAGAGCAGCACCCAGCCUCCACACCCGGAUACCCUGGAGGCGUUUCCUCAGAAGAGCUUGGAGCCAGGUGACAUUGCAGUGCUGGUUCUGUACUUCCUCUUUGUCCUGGCUGUUGGACUAUGGUCCAUGGUGAAGACCAAAAGAGACACAGUAAAAGGCUACUUCCUGGCUGGAGGGAAUAUGGUGUGGUGGCCAGUGGGUGCCUCCUUGUUUGCCAGCAAUGUCGGAAGUGGGCACUUCGUUGGUCUGGCAGGGUCAGGUGCUGCUGCGGGCAUUUCUGUAUCUGCUUAUGAGCUUAAUGGCUUGUUCUCUGUGCUGAUGUUGGCCUGGAUCUUCCUCCCUAUCUAUGUUGCUGGUCAGGUCACGACGAUGCCGGAAUACCUACGGAAACGCUUUGGCGGCAACAGGAUUCCCAUCAUCCUGGCUGUGCUCUACUUAUUUAUUUACAUCUUCACCAAGAUCUCGGUGGACAUGUAUGCAGGUGCCAUCUUUAUUCAGCAGUCUUUGCACCUGGAUCUGUAUCUUGCCAUCGUUGGGCUGUUGGCCAUCACUGCUGUAUACACUGUAGCAGGUGGCCUGGCUGCUGUGAUCUACACGGAUGCUCUGCAGACUCUGAUCAUGCUUGUAGGGGCACUCAUUUUGAUGGGCUACAGUUUUGCUGCGGUUGGCGGUAUGGAAGGCCUGAAGGAGAAGUACUUCUUGGCUCUGGCUAGCAACCGGAGUGAGAACAGCAGCUGUGGGCUGCCCCGAGAAGACGCCUUCCAUAUUUUCCGAGACCCGCUGACGUCUGAUCUCCCGUGGCCGGGGAUCCUAUUUGGAAUGUCCAUCCCGUCCCUCUGGUACUGGUGCACGGAUCAGGUGAUAGUUCAGCGGACGCUGGCUGCCAAGAACCUGUCCCAUGCCAAAGGAGGCUCUCUGAUGGCUGCAUACCUGAAGGUGCUGCCCCUUUUCAUAAUGGUGUUUCCUGGUAUGGUCAGCCGUAUCCUCUUCCCAGAGCAAGUGGCUUGUGCAGAUCCAGAAAUCUGCCAGAAGGUCUGUAGCAACCCCUCUGGCUGUUCUGACAUCGCAUAUCCCAAACUUGUGCUGGAACUCCUGCCCACAGGGCUCCGUGGGCUGAUGAUGGCUGUGAUGGUGGCGGCUCUCAUGUCCUCCCUCACCUCCAUCUUUAACAGUGCCAGCACCAUCUUCACCAUGGACCUCUGGAAUCACCUCCGGCCUCGGGCAUCUGAGAAGGAGCUCAUGAUUGUGGGCAGGGUGUUUGUGUUGCUGCUGGUGCUGGUCUCCAUCCUCUGGAUCCCUGUGGUCCAGGCCAGCCAGGGUGGUCAGCUCUUCAUUUACAUCCAGUCCAUCAGCUCCUAUCUGCAGCCACCUGUGGCGGUGGUCUUCAUCAUGGGAUGUUUCUGGAAACGGACCAAUGAAAAGGGUGCCUUCUCAGGUCUGAUCUCAGGCCUGCUCCUAGGACUGGUUAGGCUGGUUCUGGACUUCAUUUACGUGCAGCCUCGGUGUGACCAGCCAGAUGAGCGCCCGGCUGUGGUGAAGAACAUUCACUACCUCUACUUCUCCAUGAUUCUGUCCACGGCCACCCUGAUCACCGUGUCAACCGUGAGCUGGCUCACAGAGCCACCCUCCAAAGAGAUGGUCAGUCACCUGACCUGGUUUACUCGUCAUGACCCCAUGGUCCAGAAGGAAGAGGUGCCACCAGCAACUCCCUUGCCUCUCACCCUUUCUCAGAACGAGACACCAGAGACCAGCAGCACCAGCAUCCAGUUCGAGAUUGUUCAAGAAAACACAUCCAAAACCCAUGGCUGUGAAGUGACCCCGAAGCGGUCCAAAGUGGUAGAGGCCAUCCUGUGGCUCUGUGGACUUCAGGACAAGGGCAAGGAGGAGCCCCCAAGCAAAGUGGAACCCGUCAUAAUUUCCCUGGAAGAAAACCCCCUUGUGAAAACUCUCCUAGACGUCAACCUCAUUGUCUGCAUCAGCUGCGCCAUCUUUCUAUGGGGCUACUUUGCUUAACGUGGGGUGAGCCCAGGGGUCCAAGCUGUCAGUCAAUGCCCCAUUUUUUAAUGAAGGAAACCAUAAUAAAGCUUUUGUUAGUUUACCA